GUUUACGGCAGGUCGGAAACAAAUGGCGUAACAUCACCGACAGGGAUUUCUGACCCCAAAAAAGGACCUCGGCCAUUGUAUAAAGAAACCUUAUACCCUGCAGUUGCUUAGCUUUGCCUUUGUAAUUAUCUUCCUUUAUUUUGCAAAUUUAUUUAAAUAUCGUCUGUUUCCGAUGAUUGCACAAAGCCGCUGUCUUCCAUCAUGCAGUGUACGUGUACGCUUUGGAUUUCGGUUGUCGUGAUAAUUUGCGGCAUUCCUUGGGUUUGCGGACAUGGAUAUCUGAUGGAACCACCCCAGAGAUCCUCUCUUUGGAGGCACGGAUUUGGGGGUCAGGAGAAUUAUAACGACAACGGACUGAACUGUGGUGGAAUGAAGAGACAGUGGACUCAAAACGGAGGAAAGUGUGGCAUCUGCGGGGACGCCUACGAUCUACCCCCACCCCGUCCAAACGAGGACGGAGGGGUAUACGGUAGAGGGAUUAUCAUGAGGACAUAUCGCUCCGGUGACGUCAUAGACGCCGUUGUAAACCUGACGGCCAAUCAUUUGGGGUGGAUUGAAUUCAGACUUUGUCCCCAUGAUAAGUAUGACCAAACCGUUACUCAAGAGUGUCUAGAUAAAAAUGUGUUACGGAUUAUGCGCAGCAGUAUAAGCAAGAAAAGUACCAAAAGACUGUAUGUUAAAAAGUCGCAUCUUAUUUCAAUGAAACUAAAAUUACCACACAACCUUUCCUGCAGAAAAUGUGUCCUUCAGUGGAAAUAUAAUGCAGGUAACAGUUGGGGCUGUGACGACAGUGGUUGUGGCAUUGGGUUUGGUCAACAGGAGCAAUUCUAUAACUGUGCCGACAUUAGCAUCUUACAAAAUGUCAAAAUCAUUCAGAGAGACUCUUCUGAAGAAUCGUCGGAAGAAACAACGCCAACCAGGGGUAAAGCAUCGAAAAAAGAAAUCAGUGAGUCGUCAGAUGACGACAAAAGCUUCAUUGCGAAAUACGAACUAAAAGGUGAAGCCGGAAGUGUAUUGGAAGUGGUUACAGAAAAAACUGAACUAAAGUGUAAGCCAACCAAGCGUUGGCGCACUGUUUCAGGAAUGAAAAAGUGGUGUUUACAAACUUGUCCAAAAUGUCCGUCAACUCAUUGUAUAUGUAAAUAAGAAAUAUUUGUAGCAGAUGCAUGUGACUACAAUGUAAACAUAUGUAGCAGAUACAUGCAAAUUAAUGUAAGGCUUAAAUUAAAGUUAUUAUUCCAAUAUGUAUGCAAUAAAAAUCAAACUAUA